GGCGUCACUUCCGGGGACCUCAUCAAGGUGUGUUUCAGGUUGGGCAGGUGAAAAUUGGUUGCGCUCACACAACACACCCAGGCGGAUACGCGCGUGCGGAAGAGGGACACGCAGCCGGUCGGUUUCUCUCGCUCGGGACGGACGUUCGGAAGGGAACCGGGGGGCCCGCGUGCCGGUUACGGGUGUCCGCGGGUGAUGUGCCGGUGACGGAGGCUUCUAAUCGGUGAACAUGCCGCCCGGUGGUGCGUUCAGGGCCCUGCUGCUCCUGCUCUGCGGGGCGUCCGCUGCGGCGCCGCCAGGAGGCCUGAAUGUCACCUGCCACAACCAGCAGGUGACGGUCAGCUGGGAGGACAGGGGCCCGGGGACCAGCUACACCGUGCGCGUCGAAGGGUCGGCGGGGGAGCAAGAGAGCGAGACCACGGGUAACCGGUACGAUCUGACCCGCUUCGUCUGGGCCUCUGAGGACCGCUCCCUGGGCUUCCACUCCGUCACCGUGACGGCCCACGACGGAGGCAACCAGUCUGAGACGAUGGAGUCUGAGACGUUCACCUUUAACCAUUUAAAACCAGCUCAUAUAAAAUGUAAAUUAGAUUUCCCCCCCGUGGACCUGAAUGAGGCCAACUCUGAGUUCACGCUGAGUUUCCAGAACCCCCUCCUCUUAUACACAGAGCUGAAGCAAGUCCCCGGGUCGAGUUCGCCCACCUUUACGUUCAAUGGUAGCAACUUUUCGGGCGAGUGCCACGCCAAAGACAAGGAGUGCAAGCUGACGCUGCCGGGCGGGUUGCCCGCGGGCGAGCGCUGCGUGCAGAGCCUGGACGGGAAGCUGGCCUACGGUUCCCGCUUGAUUUCCUUCCGAAAGACGGGCCCCAUCUGUGCCCCCGUCUCUACUGAUUGGGGCGUGUUGCACAGCGUGGUGCUGUCUCUGAUGCUGCUGCUCUUCUUCAUCGUGACCUCUGUGGUGAUAGUCCUCAUCUGCAGAGUGAAAGCCUGGACCAUGAAGAACAACCCGGCAAAGACCCCGAUCUCACUGGUGCUGGACGCCCAUGAGGGGGACAUGAGGUACGCACUCGUUUCCCGCGAGGACCUCAGUCCCGUCACAGUGACGGAGAACCAAAUCUCCAGAACCCUCCCGGUUUGCUCCGAGGAGGACCUCCGGCUGGACGGGGGGGUCUCAGAGGACGACGGGGGGGUCUCAGAGGACGACGGGGGGGUCUCAGAGGACGACUCUGAGGAAACGGAGGCCGAGUCGAUUGACUUGCCGCACUACGACCGCAGGCAAAUGCUGGAGGUGGACAUGGGCGAUGGAGACCUUGCCAUUGGUUACAGCCACCGACGAGUUGUGACGGCCCCCGGGGACCACGAGAGAGCCGGGGCUCUCGGGGGACAUCGGAACGCAAACGGACACUUUGAUUUGAUUUUCAUGGAAAUGGCUUAGAGGCCGUAGAAGUGUUGCUGGUUCUGUGUGCAGCUGCAAGUCAGAAAGGAGGUUUUUUUUAAACAGUUCAACCAAAGAAGACCUUUUCUCACCUGCCAGUGUCCAGAUUACAUGAGGGUGAACGUUUUACACAAUUCACAGGGACUAUUUCUUCAGUGGAAAGUAGUUCUAAUGGGAAGUAUUCAUGCAGACGUCCACAGCAAACAGUUUUUAUUUAUUUAUGGAGGGUGAAACUUUAAAAUCUGAUAAUUUUAGUCUCAACAAACCGCAGCCGAUUGAAAUAAAAGUGCCAAUUGAAGUCAGAAGAAGGGAUUUGGCUUCACACGUUGUUAAAGUUGAUUCACUGUGAACUUUGAAGGAGCCAUAAAUACAUUUUAAGCCUCGUGACCGACACACCUCAGUCCGCUGUUGCCGGGCAACCUGCUGAACUGGAUCCACUGGUUUGCGUUUGUUCGUAUGUCGGGAAAUUUGACUGUUGUUUUGUUUUUUUGUAAAUAUGGAUCUUUACAAUCUUUUUGAGGGUUGAACAGGGGUGUGUUUGUUCAGAUUUUUUUCAAUAAAAGACACAAAACAAUA